UAUUUCAACAGCAUUAAAAAAUGAAGUUAAGUUAUGUGCUAAAUCUUACACUCAUACCCACGUUGUAUGUGUUGUUUGUUCUAUUGGUGGAAUUUGUGGAAAAUGGAGUUGCUCAAAAUUCUGAACCCUUGUUUGAAAUUCCGGUGCAGCUAAUCGGGUUCCCGGUUAUAGUUAUGUCGGUGCGUUUAUCACAAUUCGCCAAAAAGUUGGCCUAUUCAUUAAACCCAAAUACUUAUCGGGCACGCAGCAAACGUGAUACCGCUCAUUUGGCUUAUGAUGUUGAAUAUGCUCAAAAGGAAAUAUUGCGCGAAUUUGGACAACGUGCUUGUAUUUUGGAAGAACCAUGUCGCCUGCAUGCCUCACGUCCAGGACAUGCCAGUCAAACUCAACCCAAUUGGUCGGAGAUAUUCAGUAACUACAAAGUGCAAUCAACCGGUAUAAAACAAUGGUAUUUGUUGUCCUUAUUCAUUGGCGAUGCUGUGCGUGAUGUACCCCUCUGUCGUUUGUUGGCUAAGAGGAUGCCAUGUCCAGGCGCGGGCCCCCUGCCGCCACCACAACCACGUUAAGGACCAAAUAAGCAUCACUACUACAAUACACAUUACUGUUACGGGAAGGUGGACUACGCCAGGCUACCUCUUAGUAAAGUAAUUUCGAUGCGACUCUUCUUC